AUGUCGUAUGUCCGUUCUGGCGAAGGCGUGAACGGGCCAGCCCUGGCUCACCGGUCAGGCCGACCCCAGCAGGAGUCGCAUGGCCUGCUGUCACGAUGGUUCUCGUUCAGGGGACCCGAGCAGGUCACCAGCACAUCGCAGCCUCGACCGGACAGACCGACAUACAAUAUCGCGGACUACUUGCCUCCCCCUCUCGAGGACCGUACAAUUCAGAAAAUCGUCGACGAGGUCAAAGAACACCUUCACAACCACGUAGAGUUCUUCUAUAUCAGCUCGGCAUCAGACACGAGUACCGCACACACACAUACGCCAGGCGAAGCGCCCGGGUCGAGCCAGUAUGACCCACCGGAGCCGCCCGCGGCCACGUACGACAUCAGCAUCAGGGCAGAGGUCAAGAGAGUGAUUGCAACCAGGGUAAUCAGGGGGAUCCAGCCGUUCGAUUACUCAGACGAGGCAGGAUCUCUUCUGCCGCACGAGAUCAGUGAUUUCUUGGCUCGCGUACCGAAUCCAGCACUCGUCAAGAAUGAUCCGGUGUACGCCAGUAUUUCAAGCCAAUGGCGGGUGUUCGGUUGGUACAUGCUCAGCCAUCCCGAAAUCAGGGAGGACAAUGAAAGGGUCUUUGAGAGGCGACUUGAACGAGAAGUCCAGAGCUUGAUCCUGAACCUCGAAGAGCAGCUGCAGCCGUACGUUGACAAGUCAAAGGCUGAAGAGGCGCGAAAGGAGCACUUGGCACAGCUUGUCCGUCUCGUCGCUGGGCUUGGAAGAACCCUCUCAGCACAACCCGCAUCUUACGACUUCGCCUGGGACUAUGUGCCGGACGACCUCGAUGAGCCGGACUCGGAGCCUCAAGAGACUCGCAAGGACCGUCGCGGUAAGAGUCGCGCCACGGACGAGGGACGCCGGAGCAGGCCAAGGGCGUACUAUGAGUAUGACAUCCGGGUCAUCUUUCCCGCCCUCCUUAAGAAGAACAACUCGCCAGGCCCAAAAUCAAGCCCUUGA